AUGCGUUUCUCCCUCUUCACCCUCCCGGCUCUGGCCGUCUUCGCUGCCGCAGCACCCACUGCCAUGAGCAAUGAGGUCUCGACCGCAAACAGCCCCCUCGCCGAUAUGAUCACCGGCUUGACCGAGCAAGUCCGUGGCUUCACCGCCAACAUGAACCAGGUCACAGCUUCCAUGCCAGCCGAUGCCAGCGAGGAGCAGAAGAAGGCUGCCGCCGCCUCCGCCAUCAAGGACAUUGAGGGCAUGACCGCCGCCUUCCAGGCCACCAACAACCAGCUCGCCGCUGCCCAGCAGCAGCAGUCUUCUCUUGUUGCCCGUCAGGGACAGGGAUUGCAGAACCUCCCCAAGGAUGUUCUUGGCCAGCUCAACGGACAGCCAAUUGUCUUUGCCCGCCUCCUGAACACUCUUCUCCGCGAGUUGAACCCAGCCGUCCAGUCUCUUCUCCUCACCCUCUCUCUUGGCGAGGUCUACGUCGCUCUCCAGCCCCUCCUCCGCGUCCAGCUCCCCCUCCUCCUCACCAACGUCGGUAACCUCGUCAACGGCCUGCUUGUUUCUCUCGCACCUCUCCUCGCUGGUCUUGGUGGCAUUCUUGGCCCUCUCCUCCUCAGCUUGGGAUUGUAA